GGGAGCCGGACGUCGCCCGGCCCCUGCUGGGACCAUGGUGUUUCUCGCUGGAAAUGCCUCCGACAGUUCCAACUGCACCCACCCGCCGGCCCCGGUGAACAUUUCCAAGGCCAUUCUGCUCGGGGUGAUCUUGGGGGGCCUCAUCAUUUUCGGGGUGCUAGGGAACAUCCUAGUGAUCCUCUCCGUGGCCUGCCACCGGCAUCUGCACUCGGUCACUCACUACUACAUCGUCAACCUGGCGGUGGCCGACCUCCUACUCACCUCCACGGUGCUGCCCUUCUCCGCCAUCUUCGAGAUCCUGGGCUACUGGGCCUUUGGCAGGGUCUUCUGCAACAUCUGGGCGGCGGUGGACGUCCUGUGCUCCACCGCGUCCAUCCUGGGCCUCUGCAUCAUCUCCAUCGACCGCUACAUCGGCGUGAGCUACCCGCUGCGCUACCCCACCAUCGUCACCCAGAAGAGGGGCGUCAUGGCUCUGCUCUGCGCCUGGGCGCUCUCCCUGGUCAUCUCCAUCGGGCCUCUGUUCGGCUGGAGGCAGCCGGCCCCCGAGGACGAGACGGUCUGCCAGAUCACGGAGGAGCCGGGCUACGUGCUCUUCUCCGCGCUGGGCUCCUUCUACGUGCCGCUGGCCAUCAUCCUGGUCAUGUACUGCCGGGUCUACGUGGUGGCCAAGAGGGAGAGCCGCGGCCUCAAGUCCGGCCUCAAGACCGACAAGUCGGACUCGGAACAGGUGACGCUCCGCAUCCAUCGGAAAAACGCCCCGGUGAGAGGCAGCGGCAUGUCCAGCACCAAGAACAAGACGCACUUCUCGGUGAGGCUUCUCAAGUUCUCCCGGGAGAAGAAAGCGGCCAAAACGCUGGGCAUCGUGGUCGGCUGCUUCGUCCUCUGCUGGCUGCCUUUUUUCUUAGUGAUGCCCAUAGGGUCUUUCUUCCCUGACUUCAAGCCCUCAGAAACAGUUUUUAAAAUAGCAUUUUGGCUCGGAUACCUGAACAGCUGCAUCAACCCCAUUAUAUACCCGUGCUCCAGUCAAGAGUUUAAAAAGGCCUUCCAGAAUGUCCUGAGAAUCCAGUGUCUGCGCAGAAAGCAGUCUUCCAAACAUGCCCUGGGCUAUACCCUGCACCCUCCCAGCCAGGCCCUGGAGGGGCAGCACAAGGACCUGGUGCGCAUUCCAGUGCGAUCGGGAGAGACCUUCUAUAAGAUCUCCAAGACGGAGGGGGUCUGUGAGUGGAAAUUUCUCUCUUCCGUGCCCCGUGAAUCUGCCAGAAUCACAGUUGCCAAGGACCAGUCAGCCUGCACCACAGCCCGGGUGAGAAGUAAAAGCUUUCUGCAGGUCUGCUGCUGCAUGGGGCCCUCGACCCCCAGCCAUGGAGAGAACCAUCAAGUUCCAACCAUUAAGAUCCACACCAUCUCCCUCAGUGAGACUGGGGAGGAAGUCUAGAGGACAGGAAAGGUCAGAAGGAGGGGGGAAUGACCUUAGGCACCACUCCCCUUCCCACUCGGAAGGCCAGGCCACUUUCCUGGAUGACAAGACAGAACCACCAAAGGAGGCCCAUCUGGGAAUGGGGCGGGGGAGGGGACCCGACCCUGGCGGUGGGGAGGCUCGGGAAAGGAGGAAGAUGUCACACAGCCAUCCCGUUCAUGGUGAUGAUAAACAGCAUGUCCUUGAGGUUAACGCUCUCGUGGUCACCCUCAGAGCGUUCCACGUCUGGCCCUCGCAACGAAAACCACCAUGGGAAACAGAUUUUCAUACACAAUCCAGAAGACUAUAAAUAUAGGAUUAUGAUUUCAUCAUGAAUAUUUUGAGCACACGCUCUAAGUUUGGAGCUAUUUCUUGAUGGAGUGAGGGGAUUUUAUUUGCAGGCUGAGCUCACUGACAGCCACAUUGGAUAUUUACGAGGAGAGGGCCUGGACAGGGAGGGCCUUAAGAUGGUGGCCAGUAUCCAGGCACGUUAUUUUUAGAGCAAGUUUUAAACUCCGCCAUUUCUGUGCGUCCGGUUUCUUAGUCGGGUGAAACUUGACAGAGAGAUUUACCUUUUGCUGCAGUUUGACCAGGUACUGCUCCUGAUUCGCUAAGGAUGAGGGUGAGGGGCAUUCGUUAUAUCGUGAACUCUCAGAGGCCCAUCCUCUAUGCACGUGUCUAGGGAACUUUGAAAAAAACUAGUCAGGCAGAGGAUGCUUUUCUUAAUGGCAUACAGUACUGUCAUUUCUUCAACUUAGCCACUAGGGACAAAAUCCCAUUUAGUGGUGUCAAGAUCAGAUGGAGGACGGCGUCUCGUGUGACAUAUUUAAGGAUCAAGAGAUUGAGGUGGGGUGGGUGCUAAUUUCAUGCUAAUACAGAGGCUGCAAAAUUACUCCACAGCCUUUUUGACGUGGCCUAGAAAGGCCUUUCUUGGCAAAUCCACUUACCUUUUCCAUACCUUUUUCCAUUAUGAAAAUCUAGAGCUUGUAAUAUAUUGAAAGGGACAUCUUGAAUUCCAUCUUUUUCUUAGCUGCUUCACUAUUGCCUAACAAAUGAGGUUCAAGGUCUCAAAUGCAUGUGUAGCAUGCUGGAAUGAGCGUUAUGAUACAGACAUAUCCUUCCUGAACUCUGAAAGAUCCACGUGCUUAGCUUGGGAGGAUACUGACUGGUAUCCACUAAAGCAGGAGUCUGCAACGGUUUUAGACAGAAGCCCUUUUAUUCUGGUAAAAGAUCCAGUAACCCAUUCACUUUAUUCCCACUUUCCACAGGAACUUCGGGAAUGUGCAGCUUUUUGCUUCAUGUAUACCAAAUUUUGGUAAACCUUAAUAACUCUUUGAUAACAUCUUUAGUAAUAACUUUAGUGUAUUAUUAAAGAUGAAGAUGGUAACUAUAUGUAAAAAUGUAAAUAUUUUUCACAUUGCACAGUAAGAAUUUAGAUUAAGAUCUAUGUUUCUGGAAUAUUUCUUGCCUAGAAUUACUGGCCUAAAACUACUGACUAUUUCUGUGAUCUCUUCCCAUGAUUUGGGUAGUUUCCUUUAAAAACUUCAAAGCAGAUUGUAGCUGUUAUUUAACCUUCACAGCAAAGAUAGCGGCCCCAUUAUCCUUCCCUCUUCCCUUGCAGAAAAGUAAGAAUUUCCUCAAAUCCCUCAAAAAGGCUAAAAUACCUUUGCACACUGCCGUGAUGAGUAUGUUUGCAUGUAGAAUUGAGUUUGUUCAUUUGUUGAGCCUGGACAUAGAAUAUUAAUGCUUUCUCAGCCCUUUCUGCAGAAUGUAUUCUUGUUGGCCAGAUAGACACUCUGCCUGACAUUCAUAAUAUGGAUUCUGGCAUGAGAUGUUGGCUGGAUUUUUACACUCCACCGGUCUGUCUGUAUGUUCCGUAACAGCUGUACCAGAUGUGGGUAUCCUAUCAUGGAUGUAGGCAUUGGGAAAGAACUUGAACAUGCAAAGUUCGCUUCUCUUCUGUCCAGAUAGUAAAGAUAAGUUUCAUUGUUGAGAAGAGCAUCUUUCAAGAUCUGAAUUUUAAAAACCCCUAUUUGCCAGACUCCCCUUACAUGAAAAGCAUCCCAGUGAAAAGAACGGUAGUAGUUUUCCUUCAGCAAAAUCGGGCUCCAUGUUUGAAAUGAUCUCUAAACACCUUUACAGGCAAGUUUAAAUUUUAGAUAUUAGAAAGCUUAGGAUCACCAGGGAGCUAGCAGGAAUGCCACUUCUAAUCAAAAUAAACAACUAGAACAUCUUUUGCUCAUCAGAUAAAAGCCAUGACAAUUGUAUUCAUGUGAAACUAUCCAUAAAUAAUUUUCUGCUACACUUUCCUCCAAUCCCACCCCCACCAGAGAGGCAAACUUUAACAUUUUCUUCCUUUCCCAAAUAGGCUAUUAAGUAUAAACAUGCCAAUUUUACAAGAAAUUGAUAAUGUCACCCAAGACUUAGGCAAAGUGGAAUAAACAAUAUACAAGUUAUUUUUCACUCAUCCACAAAAAUCUCUGUACCUUUGAGUGUGCCAAAAACUAUCUAAAAUUGUCACAGUUAAACAAAUGAUUGUCAUGUUUAUACUCACAUGUUUACUGCUUCUAUUUGGAGUUUGAAGAAUUUACCCAGAGUAACAGUGGUCAAAAUGUUUUCUCUAAUGUGUUAUAAAAAGCAGCUGCUUUGGGACUGUCUACACAUCAUGAAAAAUCAACUUGACAUGGGAUAGGUGAAAUUUGAGUUUCUUCUGCGAGCCAGAUAAAUUGCAUUAACAGAGAUCUCAAAUAUGUUUACUCAAAACUAUCCCCAAACUAUUACAAGGAUUCCAGAAGAGAAUUUUACUUGUCACCUUUCUUUCCUUUGCCUCUGUCGUGUCUUAUCCAAGACCACCCUGCCUGUAAUCAGUGUGUGCUGACACUCUCUCACUGUCAGCUUGGGUUGACCCAUCCAUGGUAGGCAAUAAUAUUUGAGUACCUAAAUAUAUUCUUAAGGCUUUUUUUGUUGGGUUCUACUGUGUACCAGGCAUCAGCAGGGCAUUUUACACCCAUUGUCUCUAAACCUCAUAGCAAUUAUACAUUUUAAGGUAAAAAUAUGACAGGAUUGAAGACUCACUCAAGGCCAAGGAGGAGCAAUGAUCCAGACGUGGGUGUCCCUGACGCUGAAGUCGGCAGCACCCCUGCGUCAUAAAUGGGAGAGUCCCCCAGUUAGGACUGGGUUUCCUGAAGACACUAAGCCAUACCAGCCUGCCAAAUCUCCCUCCUAAGCCAAGCCCAAGAGCAGGCCUCCAAUUCUAUCAGACCACACCACGGUUUCAGGGGAUAAUGGCCUAGAAUGCCACUCAGGGCUUGCCAGAAGGAUCAAUUUUUUUAGAUUGGGAGAAAAUGGACAUAAAAAGAGAAUAUAGAAGAAAGAGGCUGCUUUGACCUAGAACAGCGAGCAAGACACAGUUGUGGAUAUGAAACACAUUGUGUAGUACGUUCAAGUUAUUGACUACCACCCACAGUUAAUCAGCACACUUCCAGGAAGCAUAUCCCUUUUCAAAAUAAUUAAAACCAGAUACCACGUCACUCUCACCUUGUAUUCCAACAUGAUUUUUUUUUUUAGUUGUACAAACAGAGAGAAGGAAUGAUAGGUGUUUCACGGGGAGUUACACAGAGCCCAGAGAUGUGUGAAAUGUGAAUUUCAUGUCUCAGCAUGGGGAAACGGUUUGGAAUGCUGAGCUCCAGGCAGCCAGAGACCUAGACCAUCUGAAAAACGAAGAAUCGGUUGGCAGCUGUGGCUUCUUAUUAGAGGGCGUGCAAGUGCUCCUGGAUUUCCUUUUGCAGUGGAAGCCUUAUGUGCCAAGCAUCUUGACUGCCCGCACCCCUAAAAGCAAACCAGCACGCAGACCUUCCAGCCAGGAGGCUUCAUGGUGUGGCCUGGGGGUAAGAACAUUUCCAGAACUGUUUGCGGGGGCAGGUGAUUGCUCACUCUGUCAUCACAGCGGCUUGAUCACAGCUUGACAAACAUUCCCACUUGCUUCUGGGGCUGGUUCCUCUCAGGUCCUCCUGCCUAAAGAGCUGCUGCCUCUGUCGUCUGAUGAUUUGUUGGCUUAAUUAAGGGAAGAGCUCUGCUCAUCCGCGAAGGGAAGAGGGAGCCCGAGCGCACGGAAGGUAAGCACUGCAAGCAAAACCAGGGUGACUAACACGAAGGCAGAGGCAUCAGAGGUACGCUGAGUUGCUACUCUGAUUCCUUUUCACACCACUAGGACUUUAAACCAUGAAACCACCUGCAUACAGCUCCAUUCGAACCCAGCUGGAAUGCUGAUGGCACGUGCUCCUUGCCUUUGAACCGUGCCAUGGAGCAGGGCUGAGCUCAGGCAGCUGUGAGGUCCACUGUGUUCCAGGAGCAAUGGCAGCAGUGGCCUCCUGGCCCUCCCAAGUCCCUGCAAGAUGCGUGAGUGGAGAUGCCGGUGGGGCCAGCAUGGCACAAGCAAGCUAGGAUUUCAGCAGAGGACACCUGGGCCCUUGCCAGUGCUCUGAUCAGCAUUACUUCAUCCGUGCCCCCCAGACCCACAUGCCCAGGGGCUGAGGAUGGACCUUAUCUGCUCUGCGCAGGAAAAUGGACUUUCUUCUUUGCUACUGCAGUGUGGAUCACUGAGUCUCCCACCGGAAAGGAAGGUUCAGGCAGUGGGGACAACAGUGCUGAGGAGAAGGGGAAAGACUCACCACAGACAUUGCUCAAAGCAGAAUGGACGGGUUGGUAAUAUUUUGCUGCAACUGAUAAGCAAGAAACUGCUCUAGAGCUGGUUGCUUAUUCAAUUCUGAAGACAAAAUAAUUAUCAUGCCUUUCUGUGUGUCUCAGGAGUUAUUAUAUCAUGUUCCAUCCAUAUCACAGUCAACAUAACCACAAUAUAAGCUGGAAAUUAUUAUUCCUGAACUAUGAGAAAUACAGAUGGAAUCAGGUAAAGCAAUCAAAGAGCAAAUUUACACUGUAUUUGGAGAAAAAAAUAAUUAAGGUGCUGACCUAUUAAAAAGUCUGGGUGCCCUAGGGGCUUGAAUAGAAAAGAAGCUGGGACAGCAAAUCCCAACAGUGUUAGUAUCUCCUUCCGCAUGUGUAGGACUUGAUACUUGUCAAACUGAUUUUGCCUAAUUCAAAUCACUGCUGUGAGGUAGAAAGAGAGGAACAGAUUAUAAUCUGUACUUAGGAUUUCAAGAAAUGAUAAGGGAUAGGGAGAGAUUUAAGGAUUCUUUGAAUAACCCAAAUCCAGCCUCUGAUUCCUUUUUCCGUGACGCCUUCUGUAACCCCAAGGUCUGCCGUGUUGCUUGAGACCCCGACUUUCAUAUUUCACUCGUUCGUCUCUGGUCCAUGUUCCCAGCUCUGUCUGCACCUCCUUUCCGGUCAUAUCUCUGCCGUUGGCUGGGCAGCACAAGUCUGUUCCAGGAACUGAGUGCAUAUCUGUCUAUGCUUCUCUCCUUGGCUAAAAGGCAAGCAGAUGUAAUUCUGUUCUUUCUCCUUAGAUAGGCAGCAGCAGAGCUAAGGAAAUAAGCAGAGCAGAGGGCUUUUGGCUGUCUCAAAGGGGUGACUUGUAAGGCAAAGCCAUCAGUGUUUGACACCUUAAGGACCCCAGGAAAGCGCACGUCCCAUAGGGAGUUCCAGAGCGCCCCUUCCCGGCGGGCCUGAGCAGUGUUUGUCAUCCUGAUUGUCAUGGUCAGCGAGCUGCUCACUUCUUGUCCGGCACCAGGCCUUGCAUUUGGCAUGAAAAAUACAGAAGGGCACACACUGUCCCCAGCUUGCCAGCUGAGUGUGUUCCAAGCUCAUCUGUGCGUUCCAGGUCAAGGAUGCCAGUUUCCAAGGGGCAUUGUUAUAAAUGGGGGAGGGGAAGAUGUUCCCAGAUGAACCAGAAAAUAAAAAUCUAUUUAAUGUA